AUGAACUGCGUGUUCACGCAGGAGCAGCACGACGCCGCCGUCGAGUGGCUCGAGAAGCACCGCGAGGAGCUCGGCCUCGCCAAGGAACGAAACGCCGAGCGUCGCGCGGAUGCGCGGAGGCUGCACGAGGAGACCGACGGCUUCGGGUACUUCCCGGGGAGCGAGCGGCGGAUGAAAAAGUUUUCGGACGUCAGCGACAGCGAGGACGACGCGGAUGUCGACGACUUGGACGAAUCCGAGCUGGACAGGGAGCGGAGGAGGGUCAACGACGAGUUCAAGGAGAAACUCGAGAAGAUCGUCAAGAUUGUCAUAGCCAGUAAGAACGGCGACCACAUGGACGAGACGAUGCGGGCGCAGAAGGAGCGGUUCCUGGAGAGCAUCCGCAUGAUCCGCCAGGAUCCGCUCAUCGCGCCGGAUGAACCCACGUAUUUCUACCUGCGACCCUUCGACGUUUCGCCCGGGGAUACCUCCAGGGACCACAAGUACGUGUACAAGUACGCGCUGACCACCGUGCAGGACGUGUGCAGGUCGAUGGCGAAAAAGCUGAAGGUUCCGGCGGAGCAGGUCGACAUCAUCAAGGGAGGCAAGCGCAUGGAGCGCGAACGGACGUUGAUGGAUCACGGCGUGGGCUUCGGCUUCGUCCUCUACCUCAAGGUGGAGGAGGGCGAGCACUACGUGGACCUCACCGGGGUCGUGGCGGAGGGCGACGGGGGCACCAGGGUCCGGGUGUCGCGAGUGAGGAGAAGCGAAGACGGCGGAUGGGUCGUCGUGGGCGCCGUCGAGGACGACGACGGCACCGACGGCACCGACGAUAGACGAUGA